AUGAACGAGCAUAUAGUUGCCCUUGGUGCAUUUGCAGCGUUUCUUUACCUUGCCGGUAAGUUGGGGCUAUUGUUGCUGAUUGUGAUGUGUGUUGGACUUAUGUAUUGUUCAAAAGACGUGGCUAACGGAGGAGAUAGUGUGAAGCGGCGUUCUAGAAGGGGGAACAAGUCCAAGGUGAUUCCGCCAUCUAUUACCAAGAUGAGGAAAGCGAAAGACGGGGAGGAGUUGUACACGGGGAGCCAGAAUCCACUUGGGGAGUCGCCAAUUUACAUUUUCUAUUCCUCCUUAACGGGGGCAUCUAAGCGUGUUGCAUUGCAGCUCUAUGAUACACUGAAUGCGAGCUUGGGUGCACCUUUGUCGUUGGUUGUGAAACUACUAUCAUUAGAUGACGAUGUUGAAGAUUUAGAUGAUUAUUUUCUCAAUGUCCCGAAAUUGGACAAGCCGCCAAUUUAUUUGUUGGUGCUUCCAUCUUAUGAAUCGGAUUCCCCCAUUGACUACUUCUUGGAGAUGUUGAGAGAGACUAGUACGGACUUUCGUGUCGACAAGUAUCCAUUACGUGCUCUGGCGGGAUACGCCGUGUUGGGAUUAGGAGAUUCCGAAUCAUGGCCCGAGUUAUUUUGUUAUCAGGGGAAGUUAGCUGAUAAAUGGCUGUCCAAGCUAGGAGGCCGCCGAGUUUUCCCCUUUGGGGAAUUGUGUGUCAAGAGCAGUAAUUUUAAAAAAUCUUGUGAAGAGUAUACUAAGAGAUUGGUUGAUCUUCUAUUAGACGAUGAUCCAUUUCUCUAUGAAGAAGAUGACGAUGACGAUGAAGAUGAAGAUGCAAGUAUGGAUGAGGAGCAGCUUGCAAAUUCAGACGAUGAUGGUAAUGGAGGUGGAAGUUCGGAUGAUGGUACUCUAGUGGACGUUGAAGAUCUGCAACGGAAUGAGAAGCGGGUCAACUUAGUCGACAAGAAAAAAAUGGUGGCGAAGGAUUCACCAACGUACAAGUCAUUGACUAAGCAGGGUUAUACUAUUGUUGGCUCACAUUCUGGUGUUAAGAUUUGUAGAUGGACCAAAUCAGCAUUGAGGGGGAGGGGGUUCUGUUAUAAGUUUGCAUUCUACGGUAUCAAUUCACAUCGGUGUAUGGAGACGACUCCAUCUUUGUCGUGUUCCAACAAGUGUGUCUUUUGCUGGAGACAUGGAACCAAUCCUGUUGGUACCACUUGGAGAUGGGAAGUUGACAAGCCGGAUAUGAUUCUCAAUGGUGCAUUAGAAGGUCAUUAUAAGAAGAUCAAGCAGAUGAGAGGGGUGCCUGGGAUUUUGAUUGAUCGAUUCAAUGAGGCGUUUAAGGUACGUCAUUGUGCAUUGUCUCUAGUUGGAGAACCGAUUUUCUAUCCUUAUAUCAACCAGUUCUUGGAGAUGUUACAUGACAAGGAAAUCAGUUCCUUUUUGGUUUGUAAUGCGCAGCAUCCAGACCAAUUGAGUACGCUAGGUAAGGUGACGCAGUUGUACGUCUCCAUUGAUGCACCUACCAAGGAGGAAUUGAAAGUUGUUGACAGGCCAUUGUUUAGGGAUUAUUGGGACAGACUGGAGAGGUGUUUGGACAUUUUGCGUACGGUGCAGAGUCACCAACGUACGGUUUUCCGAUUGACUUUGGUGAAGGGGUUCAACAUGAGUGACGAGAGUGUUGGGGGGUAUGCGGAUCUCGUUGAGAGGGGGUUGCCUGCUUUGAUUGAGAUCAAAGGUGCCACUUUUUGUGGAUCGAGUGAGGGCAACGGUAAUCCAUUGACGAUGCAGAACAUCCCCUUCUAUGAGGAGUGUGUCAAGUUCGUCAAGAGAGUCAACGAGGAGUUGAACAACCGGGGGUUGGAGUAUGGGCUUGCUUGUGAGCAUGCACACUCUUGCUGUUUCCUUAUAGCCAGUAAGAAGUUCUUAGUGGAUGACAAGUGGUACACACAUAUUGACUAUGAGAGGUUCUUCGAGUUGCUCAAGAGUGGGGAGAGUUUCGACAAGAUGGACUACAUCAGCGAGACUCCCGAGUGGGCGUACUUUGGCAGUGAGCAAGGUGGGUUCAAUCCGGAUGACACGAGGUGGAACCGUAAGGAGGAGAAGCUAAAGAAGAAGGCAGAGAGGGAAAGGGUAGCAGCAACAGCAACAGCAACAGCAACAACUGCCGUUGAUGUCGUUGUUGACGGUCCUAACUAA